AUGGAGGUGAAGGAGGAGGGAAGACACUCUUCACGCUAUCGUGGGGAAGCGUGUGUUCCCGAGAUCUUCUUUGAUCGCGUAACUCUAGCGUUACGCGGCGACCUCGAGCAUGAGCGGGACAGGCGUCUUCAACUGGCGGACACUGUCUUGAAGCAUCGAGCUGAGUUUGCUUUUGCUCAGCUUGAGAACGAGAGAGCUUUGACAUCUCUUCGUGACGAGCUAAGGGUAGCUCGUGGGAUUGUUGAUCGGUCUCGGGCUGAGAUAACUGCUCUUUAG